AUGGAUGCAGAUGCUGUGAGUAUUCGUUUUUCUACCAUCUUCGCCCCUGAUUGCUCACAAAUUUUGUGUGCAGCUGAGAGUCCAACAUCAUGGAAUACGUCGGUGACAGGAAGAAUUCAUGAGGAAGAUGACCAUGGAAAGAAAAUAUCAGUUAUUGCUAAAGUAAAAGAAAAGGCUAAGAAAUGGCGACAAAGUUUAGCAAGAAAGAAAUCUGGACAUGACAGUAAUAAUACUAAUACACCUUCAUGGGGUGUUGCGUUGGAAGAUUACGAAAUCGUAGAUGAACCUGAGAAUCAUGGAUCUCUAGCAUGUGAAUCACAACUUACACCCAAAAGUUCCAAAGAUCAUACUCCCAGUCCCAGACGACGACAACAAAGAGCAAAUUCAUUUAUGGGCAGCAAUGUGAAAUACCUUUCUGAUAAUCAGUUGAGAGAAAGACUUCCUACACUGAAAACAGCUGAACCUGUAAUGGGUAAAAGCCACUCUGAUCAUCUUGCAGGACAUCGUUCCUUAUCAGGAGCGGACAUAAACAAGAGUCCUCGAGCUGUGAGCUUGGGUAAUCAUUUAAGAGAAAACCAUGCUAGUCCAAGCAAGUUCGCACUCGAGGCACUGAUUGCUCAAAGGAAUUCUUUUAAGCAGAAAGAGAAGCAAUGUUUGCCUGAUUUGACAACAGAAAUUACGUCUACUGAAACCAGUAUCAAUGGAAAAGCCACAACUGAAGUUGUGAUUGAGGAGAAUAAAAGGGAGCUCGAGCCUCUUAAUCCGAAUGUUGAUGAGGAGGAGGUCAAAAAACCUCAUAGUCCCACCAAAACUACUGAAACUGAGAGUCUUUCUGAAAGCAGGAAUGUGACAAAAGAGCAAGACCAGCAACAGUCUCCAACUACGAACACAACCAUGACUGAGGCCGUGUCACAGAAGCUGGCACCAGCGUACACCACUGUUUCAGAAGCGACCUAUAAGUUAACUUCCAAGCUCCCAAAAUUGUCUACUACAAACCUUCCAUGCACUCAACAAGAGCAUAAAUGGAACAAAGGUGUUUCAGUCAAAGAGUUCUUUAAAAAUAAGCUAGAGCCUGGAGAAGAUGAGAAGGCACUAUCUCAGGUCAUAACUGAGGUAAUUAGUCCAAGGAGGUCUCCCAAUGAAAAGGGUGUUGUAGAGAAAGUGAAAGCAGCUGUGACUAUGUUGCUUCAGACCGAAGAGCCAUCUUCGCCUUCAUUAAUGGAGAACUCUCAGAUUCCAGUAUCCACCAAUGCUUAUGAAGUUGAGGAAGACCACCAGGGAAGGAUAUUGCAGGCUAAUUAAAAUUGCGCGCAAUUUUUCAGCUUCUCUUCAUCCUUUUGUGUGUGAUGGGAAGUUGGAAAAAGGAGUUAUUUCUUCAAAAGAAACACCAUCUUUUUUUACUUGUUAUUUCCAUAAUUUAUAGAAGCUUACAAUUUUGUUUUCCGGGGAUAUGUAAUAUAUGAGAUUAAUGAAUUGGAAUAUUCAUUGGAUGAUGUGCUUGAAGGUCUAUUUUAUUUAAUGGUUAAUAUUGAUAUG